GUUAGUCAUGAUGAUCUUAAUGCAUUGGUUAUCGUGGCUGAACUAUUUUUUCAAAUUCAUUUAAGCCUCAAUACAGUUGGUAAGGGAAAUGACUGAGCACUAAUUAACUUCAACUCUAACACUGAGGUCAGUUGAUUUCAAACAUGAAUUAUUUUAACACGAUUUCGAUUUGGAUAUUGUGGAUUCUGGGCUUGACGCAAGAUCUCGUUCAAAGCCAAGAUCUUGUCAACAGAUGCGUGACGCCCAAGUAUGAGUUUGGCGAGUACUGCUAUGAUCAUUCUGGCUCGGGGCAAGGUCAGACCUGGAACCAUGCCUGGGUAGACUGUAUGAGUAAGGGCGGCAGGUUGGUGACCAUCCCGGAUAGUGCCACACACAACUACAUCACCCACAAUAUCAUAUGGAGCGAAUUUGGAAAGAAAGCAGAGGUGUGGCUCGGAGCCGUUGAACACUAUAGUCCAUGGAAGUGGGUUAGAACAGGGAAACCACUUCUCAGUAUGACCGGCUGCUAUGAGAUAGCUAGUGGUGAUCUUGGCACAGAAGACUUCACGAUAGAUCAGAUCAUUCCGGAGAAGUGUGUUCAGAAGUGCCUUGCAUCCAGGUUCGCAAUUGUGCAGGGGUCGCGCUGCUGGUGUAGGGAGACAGUCGGUUCCUACCCCGAUGGCAAAUGCUCCACUCCCUGUGGCGGAGACAUCCAGCUGAGUUGCGGUGGAGAGUCCGCUAUCAAUGUUUACCACACACGGGCAAACGAAGGGACCUACUUUAACUGGACAAAGACCUCGUUUAUAGACGGAUUCAACUGUGUUGCUUACGAUAAAGACAGUAGAGGAUGGGUGAAUGCCACGUGUAAUAGCCGGAAUGGGUAUGGGUACGCUUGCCAGGACAAAGGCUUGUUGCACAUUGAGGUUUACGAUGACAGCAAGACCUGGUUUGAAGCACGGGAAACAUGUGCCAAGAAGGGCCCAGGUUCAGAUCUCGCAAAAAUCGACAGUGCAGCUUUAAGUGAAGAUAUAGCCAAGAAAGUAAUGCUGAGGACGAACAAACGCUUUUGGAUUGGGGCGACUAAUCGGGAGUGGAAGUGGAUACCGAGUCAAGUGCCCGUGAUCUACAGCAAGUGGUUUGAUGGCUAUCCACGCGGCGAACAGAGGUCGUGCCUAAUGGUGAAGGGUCGUGUUGGGGAAGUGUUCUCGAGCCCCUUUUCCUGGGAAAAUGCGGACUGUAACGCAACGAAACCAUACAUCUGUCAAUAUUAUAAGUACAAAACCACACCCUCAUUAACUUCAACACAAUCGACAACCACCGACGCCGAGACAUCUACCAUUAAGGAAGUGGAAACGACAAGCGGUGGUACACCGAACUCGAGUGACUUAUCGCCCAUUGUGAAGACAGAUAAAACAUCAGAGCCAGAGCAAACCACAACAGUAGAUGCUUCCCACGCAAACACUGGGAGGCAGGAAGACAAAGGGGGACCAUUCCCCAUGACAUUGAUCGUGGUGGUGAUCGUCAUCUCACUGGUUGCCAUUGUUCUCGUCAUCGUGGUAGUUUACGUUGUAAGAAGAAGGAGGUCACAGACACCAAAUGGUUCAAAACCUAGCAAAGAGAAAUCAGUCCAUUUCUCCCAGAAUCCUCUCUAUAAGAGUUCCGAUAAUGCCGUUGACACGGAUGAGAAUCUUGCUGUAAACAUCUAUGGGACCCAAGAUGAUUUAGCGUCGAGCCUAUACGACAACCCGGCCAAUAAAUCUUUCAAUACAACGGGGCCUCCGCUUACCAUUCAACAACCCGCUCCAGGUGGAGUACCAAGAUACAGGGUAGAAGGUUCGGACCAUCCUUCCAACUAUGUUGUAAUGACGAUAAAAGGAUCGAGGUCACCGGCCAACGAUAUGCGACGAAGCGAUGACGAGUAUCUGGCAGACGAUACACCUGAUUUGUAUGUGAGUGCGGAUCAACUCGGUGGAGGUGUUGGGGGAAUCUCAAAUCCUAUUUAUGAUAUUCCUUCAAAUGUAAGAUAGUGUAUUUGUGGACUGAUUUCAAUACAUGCAUUCUAAAUACCGGUACGGAUUCAUUGACUUUCCGAACUCCGACAACAUACAACAACAUUUGACUUGCAAAAUGACUGUGAUGAAUAAAACCUUUGAUUUUUACCGUACAAAUUAAAACACGCAUUUUACCCUUAUAAAUUAUCCUUCGAAGGACUAUAGAUAAAGAUUUGUAACUUCGAGUUUUCACGGAGUGACAGAAGUUCGCCGGACUAGUGUUCGUGCACUUGUUGGGGGAGACUAAGGUAUUUCGUGGGGAUGUCAGCGGUUGGGUUACAUAAAUAUAGCUUCUUAGCCAA